GAGGCCACGGCCAAGCCACCAGCUGCCCCCGGGGUGGGGGCUGGCGGGACCGGCAGGCUGCUCCCUGGGUGUGGGUACCCCGGUUGGAGCCCAGGCCCGCACCCUGAGAACGAGGGAGCGCUUGUCAGCUGGCGCUCGGCACAGCCCAACCAACUGCCAGCAGGCCACACGGGUCCCAGGCCCACCGCACGGCCCCUUUAAAUGCGGCCCCGCCGGCCGCCGCCAGGGGCAGCACUGAGCAGCCGGCGGCCUCCGCGCCGCUGCCUCGAAGCUUCUGCCGGUGCCGGGGACGCCGCGGAGCGGAGAAGGCGGAGCGGGCGCAGGCCUGCGCAGCCCACCGGGCGCGCGCGGCGGGGAAGCAGCGCCCAGGUGCUUCUGACGCCAGCAUGGAGCAAGUGCCUGGGGCCUCGGCCACCGCGGGCAGCCAGGACUGCUCCGCCCACUGGGUCCCAGGUAAGUCAGGCCAGCGUAGGGGUGUAGCCAGCUCUGGGUUGCAGAGGGGUCACCCUGACCCGCAUCUCCCACCAGGGCAAAAGCCCGGAAAGGCAGAGUGAGCUGCGACCGCCAGCCUGGGGACCUCUUUUAAAAUGACCCGCACGGACCCGCCGGACCUGUUGGUGUCGACCGUGUACCAGGACAUCAAGGUGGCGGCCCCCGGGCCCGCGUCGCGGCGCCCGCCAUGUGAGCGCCCCGUGCCCCCGCCAGCUGCGCCCGCGCCUUUCAACAAGCGCCACUGUCGCAGCUUCGACUUCCUGGAGGCGCUGGACGGGGAGGCCAUGGAGGCCCGCCCCGAGCCGCCGCCCCCGGAGCCGGCCGCGCCGCGCGCCCGACCCCGCGAUGGCGAGCCCCGGCGCCGCGCCCGCUCCAAGAGCGCGCCCCGCGCGACCCCGGGCCUGGCGCCCGCGCCCGCCUCGCCGCCGGUGCUGCCGCGCCGAGGCCGGGAGGCCCAACGGACAGCGCGGGGCGAGGCAUCGCCGCAUCGGGAGCCCGCGUACCCGGCACUGCGCGCGCUCGCCAAUGAAUUGCACCCCAUCAAGCUGCAGCCGCAGCGAGGCGGCCCCGGCCGCAUCGCGCCCCUCUGCGCCACCACCGGCCGCUGCGCGCCCCCCGAGCCGCCCGCCGGGCCUGCACCCCACGUCCGCUGCCGCCUGGACAUCAAGCCGGACGACGCGGUGCUGCAACACACCGCCCGGGGCUCGCGGUCCUGCGGGCCCGCGGAGACCAUGCCCUGGGCACGCCCUGCCCCGCAGCUCCACGGCCUCACGGUGCCCGGACCUCGCCACGUGGCGCUGUCGCGCACCCCCACCCCCAGUGACACGUACUGCGCGGAUCCGCGAGCGCUGUACUGCGACGGUCCCCUGCCUGGGCCCCGGGACUAUACGGAGCGCCGAAGUCUGCCCUUCACCACGCCGCCGGGUCCCACCCAAUUCUUCUACACCGAGGAGCCCGAGGGCCACGCUGGUGGCUUUACGGCCAGCCCUGGGCUGCCCUUCGACGGCUACUAUGCCAGGCCCUUCCCGUCGGAGGAGCCCCCUGUGCCCAGCCCAAGGCGCGGCGGCGGCGGCUACUACGCAGGCGAAGUGCGCACCUUCCCGGUCCAGGAGCCGCCCUCCCGUUCCUACUAUGGGGAGGCCGCUCGAGCCUACGGCCCGCCCUACGGCCCGCCCUGUGGCCCCCGCUAUGUUCCCGAGGAGCCGCGGCCUCACCCCGCUCUCCGCCCCUUUUACACAGAGGACUUCGGGCGGUACCGCGAUCGCGACGUUCUAGCUCGGACUUACCCACACCCACGAGGCAGCCCCGCCUGGGGUGACUGGGGCCUGCGGCCUUACCGCACCCUGCAGGUGGUGCCUCCCCCGGACCCUGGCCCAUUGCUCGCCUCUUGGCACGGCGGCACCGGCACCAGCCCGCCCCGGUUGGUCACUGACAGCCGCCACUACUCGCGCUCCUGGGACAACAUCCUGGCGCCGGGGCCGCGCCGGGAGGACCCCCUGGGCCGCGGCCGCAGCUACGAAAACCUGCUGGGGCGAGAGGCGCGGGAGCCGCGAGGCGCAUCCCCCGAAGGCCGGCGUCCGCCCGUCGUCGUGAACCUCUCCACCUCGCCCAGACGCUAUGCGGCGCUGUCUCUGUCCGAGACGUCGCUGUCGGAGAAGGGCUGCGCGGGCGAGGGCCCGGGCCGCAACUGGUAUGUCACGCCUGAGAUCACCAUCACCGACAACGACCUUCGAGCCGGGGAGCGACCGCCAGCCAGGGCCUGGGAGCUGCCCGGAGGGCGACCCCGGCCGUCUCCGCCCGCCGCCCCAGAUGGGCCCACUGGUGGCCGCCAGCGCAGCCUCGAGCAACUGGACGAGCUCAUCACCGACCUGGUCAUCGACUCUCGGCCCCCCGCGGGCCAAGCCCCGGAGCCCGCGGCCGAUGCACUGGGCCGCCAGCUGCGCCGCCUGCUGGACUCCAGGCCCGCGGGCUCCGGGGCACCCGCGCUGGCGCCGCGCUCGCCACCCGCGUCCGCCGGCAGCGCCGAGGAGCCGGCCGGCCAGGGGCAGGCUGCCGACGCGUCCCCGGAGCCCAGCGCCGACGAGGACGACCUGAUGACGUGCUCCAACGCACGCUGCCGGCGCACCGAGACCAUGUUCAACGCCUGCCUCUACUUCAAGUCCUGCCACAGCUGCUACACCUACUACUGCUCGCGCCUGUGUCGCCGCGAAGACUGGGACGCGCACAAGGCACGCUGCGUGUACGGCCGCGUGGGCAGCGUGUGCCGCCACGUGCUGCAGUUCUGUCGCGACAGCGGCCCCGUUCACCGCGCCUUCUCGCGCAUCGCGCGUGUCGGCUUCUUGUCGCGCGGUCGCGGCGUGCUCUUCCUGGGCUUCCCGAGCCCUGGCUCUGCAGACAACUUCCUGCGCUUCGGCCUCGAGGGGUUGCUGCUGUCGCCCACCUACCUGUCGCUGCGCGAGCUGGCCACGCACGCGGCGCCCCUGGGCAGCUACGCGCGCGAGCUGGCCGCCGCCGGGCGCCUCUACGAGCCGGCCGAGUGCUUCUUGCUCAGUGUGUCGGUGGCCGUGGGCCCCGGCGCCACGCCCCCCGGCACCUCCGCCCGGCCCGUCCCCGCACCGCGCAGCCCUGGGCCCACGGUGCGUAAGUUCGCCAAGGUGGCGUUGGCGGCCGGCAGCCCGGCUCGACCGCCCCCGGCUCGAGGUCGCGAGGCCGACAUGGAGACGCUGAUCCUGACUCCGCCGCCAGGCACCGCAGGCCUGGACCAAGAAGGCGAGGCAGGCCGGCGCGCGCGCGAGGUGGCCUUCAUCCACAUCCAGCGCGAGCUGCGGCUGCGCGGCGUCUUCCUGCGCCACGAGUUCCCGCGCGUCUACGAACAGCUCUGCGAGUUCGUCGAGGCCAACCGGCGCUUCACGCCCACCACCAUCUACCCCACGGACCGGCGCACCGGCCGCCCGUUCAUGUGCAUGAUCAUGGCUGCCUCCGAGCCGCGCGCACUCGACUGGGUGGCCAGCGCCAACCUGCUGGACGACAUCAUGUGAGCGGUGGGGUCACCCCCGGCCUCCGCCCAGCCCGCUCAAACCCCGCCCAGUCCACAUUGGGCCCACCCCCGGGCUCCACCCAGCCCGCUCAGGCCCCGCCCAGUCCACGUUGGGUCCACCUCCGGGCUCCGCCCAGCCCGCUCAGGCCCCCGCCCAGUCCACAUUGGGCCCACCCCCCGGGCUCCACCCAGCCCGCUCAGGCCCCGCCCAGUCCACGUUGGGUCCACCUUCGGGUUCCGCCCAGCCCGCUCAGGCCCCCGCCCAGUCCACAUUGGGCCCACCCCCGGGCUCCGCUCAGGCCCCGCCCAGUCCACAUUGGGCCCACCCCCGGCCCCACCCAGCCCGCUCAGGCCCCGCCCAGCCCACAUUGGGCCCACCCCCCCCCGGCUCCGCCCAGUCCACACUGGGCCCACCCCUGGGCUCCGCCCAGCCCAUUCCACAUUGGGGCCUCCCCGGGCUCCGCCCAGUCCGCCUAGGGCCCACCCCCGAGCUCUGCUCCGCCUACUCAGACACCGACCAGUCCACCCAAGGCCCACCCGGAGCCCCACACAGCCCUCUCUGGGCCUGCGCAGUCCACCUAGGGCCCACCCCUAAGCUUUGCCUGCCCACCCAGACCCCGCCCAGCCCACCGGGAGCCCAGCCGAACCCCUCAGGCCAGGCCGUGCUCCUCUCGUCUUUCUUCUGUUCGCCACAAGCUCUGCCCAGGUCCUGCCCCAAUGAGUUCUCCACAGGCCCCGCCUUUCAUUCCCCCUCCUCCGGCUCCCAGCUCCCAGCCAGCCCUGGGGCCUCCCCGGAGGUCGGUCCUCAGCCGCUUGGUGCUCCCCGCUGGGAGGCGGGGUGGGCCUGAGGACCGCCCGACCCUGCCUUCACGCGGAGGGGUCACUACUGCAGACCCCACCGCGAAGAUCCGGUCAGUCCAUUUCCUGACGUCCGCAGAGCCUCCCUGCAACCUCCCCAACCCUGGUUCGCCCUGAUCCAGGAGCCCCGGUUGCCCAAAGCCUCGUCCCGUCGCUUCAACGGUCCCCCCACCCGCCUUCUGUGGCUUAGGGUGCAUCCUGCUCAGAGGCCUUUCCUCUCUGGCGGACACCCUGAUUAGUCCCAGUGUGUUCGUGUCCCGAGAUGACAAGGCUGGAGGGGGCCCCAGCAAGAUAAGAGCACGGCUGGACCCUGAGCCCGCACACUGGCGACGGAGUCCACACAUUGGCGACGCUACCCGCCCUCCGGUCCUCUCACCUCCAGCCGCCCUAACAUGGGUCCUACAGGAGGGUUUGGAACAAGCAGCAGUGGAGGGGGAUAGUCGGAGGUCUUCAACCAAGGCACAACACACCCAGACAGAGAGAGGGGCCUGGGUGGGGUGGGCGAGAGGAUGUGGGUGGGGGCGCUGGCAGGAUCCGGCCCAGAGCUGAGAGGUGAGGAGUCCUGGCUGGGUGUGAGUCGGCUGCCGGCCCACACGGACAGGAGGCCCCUAGGUGGGUGCCAGAACAGAGCGGGCGGGGGUGAAACCGGCAGCGCAGGCCCUAACCUCACAGGGAGGAGGGAAGCAAAUGCAGAGGGCGGAUGAACAGGAGGAGCCACACAUGCCCAGGGGCUCCUACCCACUAACGUAGGGAGGACAAAAAGAUUGGACCGCAGGGAAAGGGUGCCGGAGCGAGCCAGUUGACCAGGGCAGGGGACGACUGGAGGUGUGGGGGCUUGACUACACGAACAUCCCGCGUGUGCUCACUCUGGCCUUGCCCUGUGCUGAGGCCUAGAGACCCGAGGCAGGGGACUGGGCUCUGUUCCCGGGAGCGCACACUCAUUGGCCCACGGCCCUAGCUCCAUAGGGACAAAGUGAGAGGGGACUAGGCCGGCCUGACAAGCUCCUCCUGGGGCUCCCAGCACUCCCUAACGGGGCCAGGAGAGGACAUCAAUUGAAUUGUGAACGUCCCCCACACCUCUGUUCCCGGCUCUGCUCUCCUUCCGUGCCAUGCACCCUAGCCCAUCCCACAACGUCUGCGCGCCAACCUUGGCCUAUCAGCCUAGCGCGUUUGCAUCGGCCACGCGCCCCGCUUGCCCUACCCGCCUUCGUGGCCUCCCAAGUCCAGCCGCCAUGCCCCCUGCCCUAGGGCCUCAGCUUUCAGCCCCACGCCUGAGGGCCGGCUGGCCAGGAAUGAUCCUGGCUGGACUGGGAUUAUUUCCAGGGGGCGAAUGCUUUCGAACCAAGUAAAACAACUCGAAUG